AUGUCUUUCGCCCUCCCUUGGUACCCGGAUCGUGAUUUCAUCGAGCCUGAUGGGGUUGAGCCUCCUCCGUCAGACGAGCUCGAUGAAGACUCGACCGAGUCUCAGUCACCUGCUGCCGAGCCAACAUCCCCUGUGGAGGAGGAGGCCAAGUCAGAGCCGAUUAUACGGAGCGCGGAGUAUUUCUUCGAAGACCAGUUCGUGUUCUUUCGUGUGGUUGCUUCGCUGACCGGGCAGUCUGACGACGGCUGGAUCAAAAGACCGGCCACGGUCUACAAAGUGCACCAAUACUUCUUUGUACGUGACUCGGAGGUAUUCCGCGACAUGUUCACGUGUCCCACCGGGGAGCAAACCGAGGAAGGGAGGACAGAAGCAACCGCGAUCCUUCUACCCGGAGUCAGCCAUCACGAGAUCGAGUGUCUGCUCUCGUUCUUGUAUAAAGGCAUGUACGACCACACGAAGUACGUCGGAGACUGGAUCGCGUUGCUCUCGAUCGCAUCGCGAUACAUGUUCGAUGGCAUACUUUCGCGUGCUAUCAGGGAAAUCGAACUGCAACACUCGUCCAUCGUCCCUGUCAAGCGCAUUGUCCUUGCUGUGAAGCACGACAUCCCACAAUGGCUCAAACCGGCCUAUUCGGAACUCUGCUUGCGCGACCGGGCCUUGAGCUCCCAUGAAGCAGAGGCUCUGGGUCUACCGACGGCUAUCCGGCUGGCAGAGGCCAGAGAGAAGAUGCUGUUGAAACGCAUCGCACGCCUGAAUCAGCCGGUAAGCAAGAUCGUAUGCCCUAAAGGGAAGGAAGGUUGCCGCUGCUGUGAGCACGCUCGACAGCGGGAAGUCACUAAGAGCGCCACGGCGGAGGAAGAGAAACAGCUUGCUGAGCAUGUUGUAGAGGAAAUCUUCGGUCUUUAG